UAUUAAAAUAAAUUGUUGUAACAGAAUUAUACUUAUAUUUAUUUUAAAAACUCAAUUAUGACCGGGUACGAUUGUGACAGAUUUAUUGAUUUGAGCGAGGUCGAUCGGGAGGACCUGUCGUGCGGUAUUUGUCGCAAUAUAUUCAGGGAUCCAGUGGUGACCCCAUGUUGUCGGCAAACAUUUUGUCGAUACUGUAUACGCAGUUGGCUUAGAGGUCAUAGUGUAUGUCCGUUUGACAGGUCCGGGUUAACUGUCACUGAGCUACAAAAUGCACCCAGGUCAUUGGAGAACCUAUUAGGGAGACUACAGAUUAAUUGUGACAAUAAAGAUAAGGGUUGUCAACAAGUCGUGUCAUUAGAGAAAUUAAAACAACACUUUAAUGAAUGCGAAUUUAAUGAACACGUAUGCGAUGAAUGUAAAUGCGAAAAGCAGCCUGAUCAUAAUUGUGUUAAGGCUUUACUGGAGUUGAAUGAGAAAGUUAAUAAGGAGCUCGAGACAAUGAGACAGGACAAUUUGGCCAUGAAAACAGUAUUGCAGCAAUUGUCGACUAUAUCAAAACUUUUUGAUCCAGCACCAACAACAUCUGAAUCAGCACCUACAUCACAAACGGCUAUAAUAAAUGAUCUGGAAAGUGGACCCCUACCGGACAGUGUCAAACAAAAAUUGCCUGUCUGGAAAAAGUGUCCCAUAGAUCAGGUGCCUAUUGAACACCGGGUAUCGUAUGAUAAACAGAUUAACGGCGAGACUGUAUACGUGGGUCGCGUAAAGAACUUCUCUAAUUUGUUGCCCGGAAAGAUCGUUCCAUCACGAAACCAAUGUCACGGCAGUGUAGGCGGUCGCGAGUAUAAACACUCGGAGUACGAGGUGCUAACAAACCCGCAUGGGGCUAAUUUGUGCUGGGUACAAUACGCCGGUAGUGGUAUACCAGAUGGUGCUGUAUAUGGUGGUCAAGAGUGGUCUCACGAUCAGGCCUAUCGUGGCACGGAUGGUGAAACUUAUAUAACCCGGGCACUUGUGGAUGGUGUCUGGGUAGCCGGCAAAAUGCACGCUAAACAGGAGGGCCUAAUGUGGUUCCCGAGUGAGGGGGAUGAGCGGUCACAUUAUAACGAGUUUGAAAUCCUUCCCAAGGAAUGGCAACUCAAACCACGCGGUCAACGGUAUCAUAAUGGCGUAGUCCAGGACCAAAUACACCAG